AUCAAACUGGGUACCUAGUAAUAUACAUGCACUUACUAUCGAUAAUCUAUUCCCAGAAUGACGCGGGCGUAGAUCUACCCAUCCUUCCCUAGUCCCUAGUCCUACUGUACUCUAGUAUGCAUGUACGUACCUGAUCCACCCCGGUCUAGUCCGUCUCGUCCAAGAUUAACCCCCCAAGUCAACCAUCCCUCAUCUCCACCGUUUCACGUUAAACACUACCUUUCUGCAGCCUGCGACUCCAUCCGGAAAAAUCCAUCUCCUGUCGGGACAAAUAGGCGCCAAUUGGCGUGUUUGUUUCUCCUUGCGUUAAGGAACAUCGACCUUAUGAUUCUAUACUGCAUACUUCUUGGUUUUUGUGAAGAUUCGGCCCGGUAAUCCGGGAUUUUUUGUUUCAUUGUAGAUUUGAUUUGAUGUAAUAUGGGUGGACGGAGAAAGUUAUCCACGAUGUGCGUCUAUCGUGUGAUACUUUGCGGGGUGUAAUUUGAGGUGUCGGAAUGGGGGUAU